CGAAUCAGCUGCAGGAUGCAGGAAGGAAGUUUCCUAUCCAGGGUUUACUAGUAUAAUUGGAAACAACGUUGGAAAUAAAGUAAGCCCCAUUUCUUCGUCUUUGACAUGUGGAAAUGCCAGUAGGUGCUUUCAAAGAUUCUCAACAUCGUCAUCGAUGUUCAUGCACUCAGAAUUUCGGAAGGGUGACCACACAUUUCCACUGGACAUCAUUGUACAUGUAAAAAAUGAAGUUCUUAUUCAUUGUGAAUCGUCACUGCAUUCCCCUUGUCCAAAAACGCUGCCAAAAUUUAGAGUCUGCUAUUGCUAGAACUCAUCCGUUCUCAUCUACAGCAGGAAAUGUGUGUGGAGAGAGCACAUUUUCUAUUUUCUCUCAGCAAAAAACUGGAGGAACUGGAACUUUACCACACACUGCGAGUAUUAAGACAUCCAUGAGAAAAAGAAGGUUCUUGUACACAACAGUUGAUGAAAAGGAAGUUGCUAAAUUCAGGAGCCUGUUUGAAUCUUGGUGGGAUGUGAAUGGUGAAUUUCAAGCACUUCAUAGUCUGAAUGAUCUUCGUGUCCCUCUGAUAAGAGAUGGACUUGUCAAUCAAUUUGGCUCUCAGUCCCUAGUUUCAUCGCAACCAUUGACUGAUACUGUCAUCUUAGAUGUUGGAUGUGGUGGAGGUAUUCUAUCAGAGCCAUUAGCAAGACUUGGUGCAACAGUCACUGGUAUUGAUGCUGCCUCUGAGAAUAUCAGUGUUGCUCGGGAACAUGCUUCCCAUGAUCCCCUUCUGCAGAAGAGGCUUAAGUACAUCUGUACAACAGCCGAGGAAUUGUUGAGCAAUGAAGAAGGAGGAUUUGAUGCUGUAGUUGCUUCUGAGGUACUUGAACAUGUCAGCAAUGUUGAGAGCCUUGUGGCAACAUGUGCACAAUUAACUAAGCCUGGUGGAUCCGUCUUCUUUACAACUAUCAACAAGACAUGGUUAUCCUAUGCCCUGGCAGUUGUUGGUGCUGAAGAAAUAGCAAGAGUUGUACCAUCUGGUACUCAUGACUGGAAUAAGUUUAUACCUCCGCAAGACCUUCAAGGGUUUCUUCAUGCUUGUAAUUGUCAGACAAGGUUGGUUCAUGGUAUGAUAUUCAACCCUGUUACCCAACGCUGGUUCUGGGGAACUCCUAAGGCUUGUAACUAUGCCAUACAUGCAGUCAAGAAUGAAGAAGCCACAUCAAAUACAUAAAGCAUCAAGAACAGGUGACAGAGCAAUAUACCAAGGUUAUCGGUCAAUUUUCUUAAACUUGUUCAAAUUUGUGUGUGCAUUCAUCUAAAAUUAAACAAGAUGCUAAUCUUCAUGUGCCAUUUAUAAUUAAAGUUCAGAUUUCUUUAAAUGUCAAGCUUUCAAAUUUAAUUUUGAGUAAAAAGUUGUUAGUUUUAUGCUGUAGAGAACUCGCCACCAUAUUUUGUACCAUCAUUUAAUGAAUUCCCUGCAGUUCUUUUUACACGCAAGUUAAGUGUAGGUAGCACAUAAAACCCAAACACCCAACAUGUGUGGAUAGUCGAUGCAGCUCCCUGAGGUAUUAGAAGUUGACAAACUAAUUCCCGAGGUAAAGUCAAGGGAACUACAUGUAUGUGUAGUUUGUAAACUUCUAAUAUGCAGUUAAUAUCUACUACUAUACCUCAUGAAUAUUUAUCAAGCAGCCGCGGCAUUUCAUUGGCCCAUUCCAGCAACUUAACCGUGUGAAAGUUUUUACUAUUUCCCCGCGUCUCUACACGCGUGCGUGACGCGCAAAAACCAGGGAGGUACUAUCACACACCUGGGUCGCAGCCUUGGAUUUUGUUACAGUCUAGUACUGUGUUAUCUUUAUACCAAUGACGCCUGGGCUUUACGUGAGUACCCUGGAGAUCACCGGCAAGGACAGUUGACAGUUUGAGUAGGGAACUGGAAUCAUGCAGGCAGUGGCUGAUCGAUUAGAAACUGUCUUUGCAUCUCGGCAAAACUGAGUCUAUCCUCUUCAGAUCCAAAAAGAAACUCAGUAGUGUUGAUAAAUUUGAUGUGUGCUGUAAUAGUUCGGUGGGAAGAAGGGGGGUAUCGUGCACCCUCAGAAAUCAACUUCUAAUCAACGUCUCUAGAUAAGAAAAAAUGCGUAGAAAACAAUUUGCUAUGUUAACAAAUUCAAAAAAUGUCCAACGUGUUGUUUUUAUGCAAAUUAGUGCCGCCAUUACCAAAAAAAUCUAUUUUUCACUAUAUCUUAGCCAAUAUUGCUGAUAACUGAACGAAUUAGGUGUCUAAACCCAUGUUUUCAAGGUCAGAGAUCACAAUAAAACUAUUCUGGAAGUGACCACAUGUGUCUGUAGCAUGUGUCUGUGACAUGUG